AUGUUCAGUGCUAACUUCUCUACCUUCCACCCCACUGUGUUCAUCCUACUUGAUCCGGGACUGGAGAACUAUCACACCUGGCUUUCUCACCCCUUUUGCCUCAUGUACAUCACUGAAGUGUUGGAAAAUGGAACCCUCAUCCUUGUUGUCUUCAGUGCAUGCACCCUCCAUGAACGCAUGUAUGUCUUCCUAUCCAUGUUGGCUGGCACUGACAUCCUGCUGUCCACCACCACCAUUCCCAAGGCCCUGGCUAUCUUGUGGUUUCAUGCUGGGCAGAUUGCCUUUGAUGCCUGCAUCGCUCAGGUGUUUUUCAUCCAUGUUGCUUUUGUGGCUGAGUCAGGUAUCCUGUUGGCCAUGGCAUUUGACUGCGUUGUGGCCAUUUGUACUCCCUUGAGAUACACAGCCAUCUUAACUCUGAUAGCAAUUGGAGAAAUGACUCUGGCAAUCUGGGGACGAAGCACUGGGACUGUUUUCCCUAUCAUAUUCCUGAUGAAGAGGCUGCCAUACUGUCGAACUAAUAUCAUCCCCCACUCAUAUUGUGAGCACAUUGGGGUGGCCAGAUUGGUCUGUGCUGACAUCACUGUCAAUAUCUGGUAUGGCUUCUCAGUGCUAAUAGCAUCAGUUUUGGUAGAUGUUGCACUCAUUGGUAUUUCCUACACUUUGAUUCUCCAAGCUGUGUUUAGACUUCCUUCCCAGGAUGUCCGGCACAAGGCUCUCAAUAUGUGUGGUUCCCACAUUGGAUUCAUUCUCCUCUUUUUCAUCCCAUCCUUUUUUACUUUCUUGACCCACCGAUUUGGCAAGAAUAUCCCCCAUCAUGUCCACAUCCUUCUGGCAAAUCUCUAUGUGUUAAUUCCUUGCAUGCUUAGUCCCAUCAUCUAUGGAGCAAAACCCAAGCAAAUCAGGGAUAGUAUGGCUCACAUGUUAUCUGUUGUGGGGAAGUCUUGA